AUGGAGUUGGCGUUGUUUAUUGUAAUCGCCUUAUCGAUGUCAAUGGAGUAUGUACAGGCAAAAUCUGAAAUGGCAGAAAUCAGGCGUGGUAAGCCAAAAGAUGUGAUUAAAAAUGAAUACCUAGUGGUCAUGAGAGAUAAUGCAACUGAGUUGGACAUUGAGAAUUCAAUUACAGAGCUUGAGACAAUGCCUAGUACGUUAAAUAAAACUUUCAAGUCAUACUCUAAAGCGUUAAAAGGGUUUGCUGUUCGCAUUGACAGUGAACUUGAGAAAGAGAUAAGACAACUGCCAGGCGUGUUAUAUGUACAAGAACAAACCUUAAUCUAUGGCAGUGAUGUUACGUGGGGAUUAGACAGAAUUGAUCAGCGUGAAAAGUUAACAGAUGCUGGCGUAGUUGGAUACAAUCCACCAGGACAUGGCGACGGAGUAUCUGUCUACAUAAUGGACACUGGUAUUGAUAAAAACCAACAAGAGUUCGGUAAAAGACGUCAUUCAUUUUACGAUGGAGUUAACUCUAAGCCUUCGCCAAAUGUAUGUAAUUUCCAUGGAACUCACGUUGCCGGAAUUGUAGGUAGCAAGACUUAUGGCGUAGCUAAUCAAGCAGAGCUUUACUCGGUCACAGUGUUGAAUUGUAAUAAUGCCGGUACUUUGACAGACAUUAUUGGAGGUUUGGAUUACAUUGCUACACAUGGUACAAAGCCUGGUGUGAUUGUGAUGGCACUAAGUGGGGUCUUUGUUGAAGCUCUCAACCAAGCCAUCGCAAAUGUUGAAGCUGAAGGAUAUGUUGUGGUAGUUGCUGCUGGUAAUAGUGCCGAUGAUGCAUGUUUAUACUCACCUGGUAGUUCCGAGAAGGCAAUCACAGUGGCAGCUACGGCCAAUGAUGAUCACGCGACGACGUACAGUAACUAUGGCGAAUGUAUUGACAUAUAUGCUCCAGGAAACUAUAUAAAAACAACCGGAUCUGACAAUAAAAAUCCUCCGCUUAGGAGUGGAACUUCUAUGGCAUGUCCUUUCAUAGCAGGUAUCGCUGCAAUUCAUCUGCAAAAGAAUCCGGAUCUGACACCAGCCGAAGUCAAAGAUAUAAUUCUCUCAAGUGGCACGAAAGACACAGUUUAUGGGACUGCUAUUGAUAAUGGAAGUCCUAGCUUAUUAGCUUACAUUGAUCCAGGUCUUUAA